AACCAAACUCACCGCCUCCAUCGCCACCUUUCCCGAUCCGCACGCUUAACUCCGUCUACAUCCCUGGUUCUAUUUCCUUCCUCUCCAACUCCUUUAAUCCCUCCGAUAACCGAUCCUCUUUUCGUCUCCCCAAGUCGCUAUUUUCUUCUUUAGUCGAGAAAGCCUAUCAGGGUCUUCUACCCACUCAGUCAAUCUCGCCUAUUUCAUCAAGUCUCCUACCAGAAAGCUUCAAAAUUUCCGUGGAUCGGACAUGCCCCAGGCGGACGUUGCCUGAACGCCGCCGUCUGAGGCGAGGGCGGCUCCUUCGUGUAUGGAAACGCGGAGCCGGAAGCGGGCGGAGGCCUCCUCUUUUAAUCCCCCUGCAACCCGUGCCUCGAAGCGCCCCCGUUCUUCCUCGGCCGCCUCUUCUAAUAACCCAGUUGCAUCCCGUACCCGCCAAGCCGCCACCAGUGCUGCCGCUUCUGCUAUGGAUUCUGAUUAUGCCUCCGGUGGUAGUCGCCGGGAGCGCCGCAGCUUCGGCAGGAACAGUGGGAGGGACAGGGAUCCACCUUCGGACAAGGGUAAGGAGAGGGAGCCACCCGAGGGUUCUUCUCGUCUUCGCGAAAGGGAGAGGGAGAGAGAGAUAGAUAGAGAAGCUGAGAGAAUCCUAGGGAUCAGCUUCGACAGUGGCGGUGCAGAUGAUGACAACGAUAGCGAAGGUGGCGUGGGUAUCCUCCACCAUAACUUCAGCUCUGCGAGCAGUGCUCUUCAAGGACUUCUGCGGAAACUAGGUGCGGGAUUGGAUGAUCUUUUGCCCUCAUCCGCCUUGUCAGGUUCCUCCUCACACCAGAGCAGCAGACUCAAGAAAAUACUGUCUGGCUUAAGAGCUGACGGGGAGGAGGGUCGGCAGGUGGAGGCACUAACGCAGCUUUGCGAAUUGUUGUCGAUUGGGACUGAGGAUUCUCUGGGUUCGUUUUCGGUAGACUCUUUCGUGCCCGUCUUGGUUGGGCUUCUCAACCAUGAGAGCAAUCCCGAUGUGAUGCUGCUCGCUGCAAGGGCACUUACUCAUCUGUGUGAUGUUUUGCCUUCUUCCUGUGCUGCCGUUGUGCAUUACGGUGCCGUUCCAUGCUUCUGCGCUCGACUUCUGACGAUCGAAUACAUGGACUUGGCGGAGCAGUCUCUUCAAGCUCUCAAGAAGAUUUCACAAGAGCACCCAACUGCUUGUCUGAGGGCCGGGGCACUUAUGGCAGUUCUUUCUUAUCUUGACUUCUUCUCUACCGGAGUUCAGAGGGUGGCAUUAUGUACUGCUGCCAACAUGUGCAAGAAGCUUCCGUCGGAUGCAUCUGACUUUGUAAUGGAAGCAAUUCCAUUGCUAACAAACCUUCUUCAUUAUCAUGAUGCGAAGGUGCUUGAGUAUGCCUCUGUUUGCCUAACAAGAAUAGCUGAGGCAUUUGCAUCAUCUCCUGAUAAAUUAGAUGAGCUAUGCCAUCUUGGGUUGGUUGCUCAAGCUGCUGGGCUUAUAUCUUUGAGUAACUCAGGAGGACAGGCUUCUCUUAGCUCGUCAACAUACACGGGAUUGAUACGCCUCCUAUCAACCUGUGUCAGUGGAUCACCAUUAGCAGCUAGAACUCUUCUCCUCCUUGGUAUCAGUGGAACCCUUAAAGAUAUUUUGUCAGGUUCUGGUCUUGUUGCUAAUGUUUCAGUUCAUCCUGCUUUAGCGAGACCACCUGAACAGAUUUACGAGAUAGUUAAUCUUGCGGAUGAGCUUCUUCCGCCCCUGCCACAAGGAACUGUUUCCCUCCCGAUUUAUUCAAAUGUUUUUGCAAAAGGGUCUGCUGGAAAGAAAAUCUCUGGCAGCUCUUCAGGGAAGCAGGAGACUAAUGGAACAAGUAAUGAAAUAUCUUCUCAUGAAAAAUUAUUGCGAGAUCAAUCUGAACUGUUGCAGCAGUUUGGAAUGGACCUGCUUCCUGUUUUGACCCAGAUAUAUGGAUCCAGUGUAAAUGGUCCAAUUCGGCAUAGAUGUCUUUCAGUCAUUGGGAAACUUAUGUACUUCAGCUCUGCUGAGAUGAUUCCUUCUUUACUUAGUGCGACAAACAUAUCAAGCUUCUUAGCAGGAGUUUUAGCUUGGAAAGAUCCACAAGUGCUGAUCCCUGCUCUUCAGAUUGCAGAGAUUCUUAUGGACAAACUUCCUGAUAUUUUUGCUGAAAAAUUUGUGAGGGAAGGGGUUGUCCAUGCUAUUGAUGCUCUCAUAGUUUCAGAUUCUUCAACUAGUGUUCCUUCUCAAUCAUCGCUUCUUGAGAAGAAGGAUGCGGAGUCCAUCUCAUCUCGCUCUCGGCGACACCGGCGCCGUAAUGGUGGACUUAAUACAGAUGGUGGUUUGUUUGAUGAGGCAAAAGUUCUGGCAGAUGGAGCUACUGGUUCACCACCAUCAUCACAGGCUCCUGCUGCGAAUAAUAGCAUUCGGGCAACUGUGAGUAACCUUGCCAAAGCUUUCAAAGACAAACACUUUCCUGCUGUUCCUGGGUCUACUGAAGUUGGUGUCACCGAGGAUCUUCUUCUUUUGAGAAGUCUUUGUUCAAAAUUGAAUGCAAGUGCUGUUGAUGUGAAAACUAGAGCAAAGGGAAAAUCGAAGGCCUGUGGAGCUAGUUUGUUUGAUAGCUCAACAAAUAUGGAGGGGGAUCUGGACGGUGUUAUUUCUGAGAUGCUAACUGAGCUUUGUAAAGGAAAUGGUGUAUCAACUUUUGAGUUCAUUGGUAGUGGUGUUGUUAUAGCUUUGCUGAAUUAUUUUUCAUGUGGAACAUUUGGAAAAGAUAGACUUUCAGAGGCCAACCUAUCCACGCUUAGACAGCAAGUUCUUUUAAGGUACAAGUCUUUCCUAAAACUUGCUCUUCCUGUUGGUGUCAAGGAAGGGAAUGAAGUUCCUAUGAGUAUAUUGGUUCAAAAGCUUCAAAAUGCUUUAUCUGCUUUGGAGCGUUUUCCUGUUGUACUUAGCCAUCCGUCUAGAUCAUCUGGUGGUGGAAGUGCUCGCCUCUCUUCUGGUCUUAGUGCAUUGUCACAACCCUUCAAGUUGCGCUUAUACAGAGCACAAGGUGAAAAGUCUCUGCGUGAUUAUUCUUCCAAUGUUGUACUCAUAGAUCCUCUGGCAACUCUAGCAGCUGUUGAAGAGUUUCUUUGGCCAAGAGUCCAAAGGAGCGACUCUGCACAAAAGAUUUCAUCAUCAGCUGGAAAUCCUGAUGCCGCCACAGCUACCGGAGGCAGUGCUGCAUCACCAGGCACAUCAACUCCUGCUUCUAGUCAUCGGCCUACAACAAGAUCUAGGUCAUCACUAACUAUAGGAGGUUCAGUGGGAAAGGAAUCUUGUGAUAGAAAUGCAAGCUUUUCAAAAGGGAAGGGUAAAGCUGUUCUGAAAUCUACACCUGAUGAGAAGAAAGGAGCCCAAGGGAGAAAUACAGCCCGCAGAACAUCAGCUUCAGAAAAAGACAGAGAAAUGAAACCCUCACAUGGCGACUCUAACUCAGAGGAUGACAACUUGGACGUGUCUCUUGUUGAGAUUGACGACGCUCUAAUGAUUGAAGAAGAUGAUGUCUCAGAUGAUGAAGAUGAUUAUCAUGACGAGGUUUUAAGGGAGGAAUCUCUUCCGGUUUGUGCACCUGAUAAAGUGCAUGAUGUGAAAUUAGGAGAUCCUGCUGACGACUCUGCACUCCCUUCUUCAACAAGUAGUGGACACACACGGCCUUCUGCUUCUUCAAAUAAGACCGUACAAGCUAGAGGCUCAGAAUCUACUGAAUUAAGAAGUGGAAGUGCAUUUAGUUCAAGGGGUGCAAUGUCAUUUGCUGCUGCUGCUAUGGCUGGGCUUGCAUCGGUAAGUGGUAGAGGAAUCAGAGGUGGUAGGGGGCGUCGUGGACUUCCAAAUGGAAAUGAGAACAACGGUAAGUUGGUAUUCUCUGUAGGUGGUAAGCAGCUUAACAAAAAUAUGACCAUAUAUCAGGCCAUCCAACGCCAACUUGUGCUAGAUGAGGAUGAUGGUGAUAGGUUAAAUGGUUCUGAGCUUAUGCCCACUGAUGGAAGCAGAUUCUGGAGUGAUAUUUUUACUAUAACCUACCAAACUGCAGAUAAUCAGGCUGAUGGGUCAGCUCUAGGGUCCUCUUCCUCAGCCAAGUCUUUGAAAUCUAGUCCUGCCUCAAGUUCUGGUUCAGAUUCCCGGCGUCAACAACUGUCUCUUCCUGAUAGUAUCUUGCAAGGGGAACUUCCUUGUGACAUUGAGAAAUCAAACCCCACAUACCACAUUUUGGCAUUACUGCGUGUACUGGAUGGUUUGAAUCAGCUAGCUUCUCGUCUAAGGGCUCAAGCUGUGGUUGAUGAUUAUUCUAAUGGGAAGGUUACUAAUUUGGAUGGACUUUAUGUAGCUGGUGUCAAAGUUCCACCAGAAGAGUUCAUCAAUAGCAAACUAACCCCAAAGCUUGUGCGACAGAUCCAAGAUGCUCUUGCAUUAUGUAGUGGUAGUCUUCCUUCGUGGUGUUAUCAGUUGACCAAAGCAUGCCCUUUUCUUUUUCCCUUUGAGACAAGGAGACAUUUCUUUUAUACUACUGCCUUUGGACUAUCUCGUGCUUUGCAUCAUCUUCAGCAGCAACAAAAUGCUGAAAAUACUAGUGCCAUGAGUGAAAGAGAGGUUCGUGUUGGAAGAUUGCAACGGCAAAAGGUUCGUGUUUCAAGAAACCGCAUAUUAGAGUCUGCUGCAAAAGUUAUGGAGAUGUAUUCUGGCCAGAAGGCUGUCCUUGAAGUAGAAUAUUUUGGUGAGGUUGGCACAGGUUUGGGCCCCACAUUAGAGUUCUAUACUCUUUUAAGUCAUGACCUUCAGAAGGUUGGACUUGGAUUAUGGAGAUCCAACACAUCCUCAGAAAUGCAAAAUGAUGGUGAGGAAGUGAGCAUUGAUGAUUCCUCUGAUGGAAAAAAAAUGGCUGCCGAGUUUUCUGCUCAAAGUGAUUUUGUUAUAGCUCCUCUUGGAUUGUUUCCCCGUCCAUGGCCUCUAAAUGCUGAUGCUUCUGAGGGUAGCCAGUUUUCAAAAGUUGUCGAGCAUUUUCGCUUAGCUGGUCGAGUGAUGGCGAAAGCUCUGCAAGAUGGUCGACUUUUGGACCUUUCCCUUUCGACGGCAUUUUAUAAGCUUGUACUCGGUCAAGACCUUGAUUUAUAUGAUAUUGUUUCAUUUGAUAGUGAGUUUGGGAAGAUCUUGCAAGAACUGCAAAUCCUUGUUAGUAAAAAAAGGCUUAUAAAAAGUGUUAGUGAAGGUAAUCAAAGAGGGGCCAGUGAUCUACAUUUUCGUGGCACUCCAAUUGAAGACCUUUGUCUAGAUUUUACCCUUCCUGGGUAUCCAGAUUACAUUCUUAAAGAAGGAAAAGAAAGCAUGGUGGUUAAUAUUGAUAACUUGGAAGAGUACAUUAGUUUGAUACUUGAUGCUACAGUCAAAACUGGGAUUAUGCGGCAGAUGGAGGCAUUUAGAGCAGGAUUCAACCAGGUCUUUGACAUUUCCUUUCUACAAAUAUUUUCUCCACAUGAAUUGGAUUACCUCAUCUGUGGCCGCAGAGAAUUAUGGGAGGCUGACACACUGGCUGAUCACAUCAAAUUUGAUCAUGGAUACACCGCCAAAAGUCCAGCAAUUAUUAAUUUGCUCGAGAUUAUGGCAGAGUUCACUCCAGAGCAGCAGCAUGCUUUUUGCCAGUUUGUGACAGGUGCUCCCAGGCUUCCACCCGGUGGCUUAGCUGCUUUAAACCCAAAGCUGACCAUAGUGAGGAAGCAUUCUUCAACAGCAACAAAUACUGCGUCUAAUGGAUCCGUAAUAUCUGAAGCAGCUGAUGAUGACCUGCCAAGUGUCAUGACUUGUGCCAAUUUUCUCAAGCUCCCUCCUUAUUCCACCAAGGAAAUUAUGUACAAGAAACUUCUAUAUGCCAUAAAUGAAGGACAGGGAUCAUUUGAUCUUUCUUAAGCCGAAAGACUACAUUGUUAUUACACAUUUUUGCAGCCUAUAAGCCCUCUCGUAAUAAUGUGGUAGGCAUCCGUUAUUAUUCUUUCUUUCUACGCUCAUUCUGUUUAUUCUGUUUUGUUCUUUUAAUCUAUCGCGAUGCAGUUGAUACAGAUUACAGAGGUUAUUGUUUUAUUUGACUAGAUGGAAUUUUGGAGAAAGAGAAGGGACGGCUUUCAGCAAAAUUUGUAAAUAAAGUGUUUUUUUUUUAAUUUAUUUUUUUACUUUUUCAUUUAUGAGCUUUAGCUCGGCAGUAAUUUACUUUCAUGAUAAUAACAUAUUGGUAGUAAUUAUAAGGGCAUUGAAUUGUGGUAAUCAGUCUGCUUGAUAAUGUUCAAAUGCCUGCGUUUUAGAUAUAAAUGAAUUCUAUGAUAGUAAAUCAAAUUAAUUGAUAUUUUUUAUGAGGAAAAAA